GCAAGUACAGAUAUGAUGAACCACAAUGAACCACACUCAGCAGAACCUCAUGUAAAAUACAACAACUUUGUUAACACAGAAGAUUCACCUGGUCCAAGUGGUAAAGGCCCUCUCAGUAAACUCAAAAAAUUCAGUUGUGACGUAGGCGGAAGUUCAAGCGGAGGAUUAGACACAGAGCAGCCCUGCAGCAGCAAGUCAGGCCUUGAAAACAGUCCAACAUCAAGCGAGGACUUUGAGAUGUCCCAAUUCAAUUCUGCAAUACUGUUCCAGGAAGUGCAGGAGAUCACUGAGAAGAGUCAGCAGAUCUGCAGUGUCAUCUCACAGAUCAGGGACACUUUCCACACUCUCUUCAACCAACCAACUCACAUCGUCCCACUGCGGCAGAACAAACGGUCUAAACAUUCGGUGGUCAUGAAACAUCACAAGAUGAAUAUUGGAACUAAGAUUAAGUUUGAGUUGUACGGAGAACAGUGCAUCAACUGGCUGAAGUACACCAUCAAGCUGAUAAAGAAUUUCUACGACGCUUGGAUACCGAAGGCUCAGCAGAAUGUGAUAGAUCUGAAACAGACUGCCACCACUCUUGAGAAGUCUGACGAACACAUUUCUCAGCUUCUUUAUGUUAAAGAUUCCCAGAUCAUGGGUGACUGGGACUCAGGGGAAACUGUGUUCCUCCAACACGCCGUCAGUGAUCUCAGCACUUAUAUUCUCACUCUCAAGACAUACAGGCUAAAGGAGAAGCUGCAUCAGGAGUACACAAUCAUUGAGCAGAACAUCUACGCUCUUCUUGAGUCGCUCAACUCUACCCUCGCUGUGCUGAAACGUCACUACAAGAUAUUCGACAAGCUGAACACCGAGAGAAGCUGUGAGGAGGAAGACGAGGACUGGAUCACGGAGGAAAUAGUCGACGUUGAACACAACAAAGUGUACACGCGCGAAGUCGCGAUAUGAGUCCGUGCCGUGCACAGCAUUUUUAUUAGAAAAAUAUGGUGGUUUGCGAUGUGUAGGGGUGUCCAAAGUUUCAAUACAUUUUGUAAAUGUAGACUUUGAACUUUUAAAGCAUGAACAUGCCCAUGUCCAGUACAUUGGACUGAAUUGAGCGAGAAGUCUGACAACGUCAGGCAGAGUGUGGAAUGUGGAUCGUCCUGGUUACCAUGAUGACAUUGGUUACUAUCGUCCUGGUUACCAUGAUUACCUUGGUUACUAUCGUCCUGGUUACCAUGAUGACCUUGGUUACUAUCGUCCUGGUUACCAUGAUGACCUUGGUUACUAUCGUCCUGGUUACCAUGAUGACCUUGGUUACUAUCGUCCUGGUUACCAUGAUGACCUUGGUUACUAUCGUCCUGGUUACCAUGAUGACCUUGGUUACUAUCGUCCUGGUUACCAUGAUGACCUUGGUAACUAUCGUCCUGGUUACCAUGAUGACCUUGGUUACUAUCGUCCUGGUUACCAUGAUGACCUUGGUUACUAUCGUCCUGGUUACCAUGAUGACCUUGGUUACUAUCGUCCUGGUUACCAUGAUGACCUUGGUUACUAUCGUCCUGGUUACCAUGAUGACCUUGGUUACUAUCGUCCUGGUUACCAUGAUGACCUUGGUUACUAUUGUCCUGGUUACCACGAUGACCUUGGUUACUAUCGUCCUGGUUACCAUGAUGACCUUGGUUACUAUCGUCCUGGUUACCUUGCAUUGGUUACUAUCGUCCUGGUUACCAUGAUGACCUUGGUUACUAUCGUCCUGGUUACCUUGCAUUGGUUACUAUCGUCCUGGUUACCAUGAUGACCUUGGUUACUAUUGUCCUGGUUACCAUGAUGACCUUGGUUACUAUCGUCCUGGUUACCUUGCAUUGGUUACCAUCGUCCUGCUGAAACUUUAUAGUUUGGAGUUUGUUGGACAGCUGGAUAAUGCUAGAUCUGGCCGUCUUCGUCCAUUGUCACUGAACUUCCAAAAGUGUUAUUAUAAAACGUGUGUUUCGAUUCUUUUCUAGAUGUUCGAGUGCACUUUUUUUAGAGAACAGUCCUGUAGAUUUAUAGUGGCUUUUUGAGUUAGAAAUUAGAAAAUGUUGUAUUUGGUAGAAAGAUGAUAUUUUUGUUACAAAUUUAAAGAACCGAAUGGGAAGUUUAUGGGUUGCAAUAAUUUAUUUGAAUUUCUAACUUUCAAUUUUGUUUAAAUUUUUUGCUAUUUUAAGAUAUGUAUUACGUAAAGUAUGAUGAGAUAUUGUUAAAAUCAUAAUUACACUGUGCUUUCAGCAAUACUCAUAAUGUAUGCGUAUACGGUGCCCUUUUAGUCCCUCGUGUAUAUUACUAACAUACACCCAUUAGUAGUAUUUAGUAGUAUAUUAAACUCAGCCUUUCUCACAAUGUCUGGUCAAAUACACCGACACAAAUUCAUUAAUUCAAGUUGUAUGCACAUCCAAUUAUCUUUUAUGUGCUGCAAUUAUUUAUAAUUAAUGGUACCCAGCAGACACCGGCUUAUCAAGCCUUUUCAUUGGAUCGCUAAAAUAUGAAUAUCAUGUUGCUUCAUACUAAGUACACAUAAUACUGUUCCCUCACACGUACACCUACUCGAGACAGGGCACCGGCAAUACAGCAUUAGCUCGGAUUAAAGACUUUGCAAUAUGCCUCAGUGAGGAGUCCCAAUCUGGGAAAGCAGAGUUAGUUAGCUUGGUUACCUUGGUUACCUUGGUUACCUUGGUUACCUUGGUUACCAUGGUUACCUUGGUUACCAUGGUUACCUUGGUUACCUUGGUUACCUUGGUUACCUUGGUUACAUUGGUUACCUUGGUUACCUUGGUUA